AUGGGGAUGCACCGCUUCAAGCUCCACGCUAAUGGGAAACACAGUUUCACAGCCUAUGUCGAUGAAAAAUGUCGAUGGACAUGCACAGUGGGACCAGACAACAUUUCUGGAUACACGAAAGUGCUUGCCUUGGCUGACUCUUUAGUGACACUAAGGGACAAGGCCACAAUGACUACAGCACAAGUUCAGCAACUGAAAGAUCUGUGGUCAGCACUUUCGGAGUAUGACAGGAGGCGGACAGUUUUCCCAUCUCUGUUCUCUAAAGAUCCAGGACAGGGAAGAUUCAGGCACAAACAAAAGAAAGUUGCUCCAGGAGUAGAGAGUAUUGAGAGGGUAAUUCUGGGCCCGAACCAAAGUCCUGCCCAGUGGCCAAACUGCAACCGUUACACUUAGGCAACUGUGGAGAAAUUGAUCCAGUUUUACCCGAGUGACCAGAGAAGAGAUGGCAAGGUGGUUAUCACAAAAUGGAAUGCUGUCCUUGAGGCCUAACACAAGAUCAGAAAGACCAUUUUGAAUAACCACUUGGCAAUGAAGGUGACCGAUAUCCAGCUUCCUCUCCUUAACAAGACACUUCAGCAGUGGUUA